GGUUCAAUGAAAAGUGUUUAUUGAGAUCUUAUCAGAGAAAAAAGGCUAUUGUUUUCUUUAAUAAAAGACAAAAUUUCCCUUAGGCGUCCUUUAAUAAUAAUAAUUAUUAAAAAAGAAGUUUGACAACAGACCAGCAGAAGAGUCCGUUAAUUCUCGAGGGCAUAAGUUCUGAAAUCAGGAAGUGAACUGCACAUUUGUUUAUUUGUUGUGUUUUUCUGUGACUUCUAUUCCUUGGGGCAACUUUACUCAACUGAUGACCUGAUGAUCUAACCUAGGAUGUAAUAUGAUGUAAAGAGUAAGAUCAAAACAUUUCAUGUCAUCUAAAAUUUAUUUCUAAAAUGAUCUUUAUGCAUGUGAUGAUAAUAUAUUUUAAAAUAUGCCAAACCAACUUCAUCCAGCGGAGAGAUUGCUGAUGGACAUGGAUUCAUUACCACUGAACAGAGAUCAAUUUCAUAAUAACAAUAAUAAUCAAAAUACUUUAUGGAUAGUAAGAGAUAGACUAUUUCAAGUCCUUUUUGAAAAAAUGACCGUGGCAUAUGCAUCAACAUUUGGAGAAACUCUGAGAAAGUUAAUUGAAAUUAUUUCUUUAGCUCUUGCCCUUAUCUCCCUGCUUAUCCUCUUUUAUGUACAUUUUGCUUUUGUGAAACUCCCAAUCACAUGCUUAGAUAAUGAAACAAUGACCUGGUCAAGAGAAGGUGUUCUACGACUCAAAAUUUCUUUAGAGGAGCCAGUAUCUGUUCCUGUGGAUGUUUCUAAAUAUUGCAAUAAGACACCAGUUAAAAGUAGUGCAAGGAAAGCUAUUCAAGAACAAAGCCAUGCAAUUUUAUUAGCACAAAGUAAAAGACAAGCAGAAUAUGCAAGUAAAGCUGCCAAUAACAAUGAAAAUGAUGCAGAGGAUAAUAUUUUGGAUGCUGAAAAAAGCCCAGAAUUCAUUAAUAGAACAGGGCCUUUUAAAGAUAGUGUUUUUGAUCCUGACUGUCUUUCACCUAUUACUACAACUUUAACAGAAUCUGAAAUUUACACUAGUAUUGAUCACGUGGAAGAAAAAUAUCUUCUUGAGUAUUCCUUAGAGUUCGGGUUCUUGAAAUUGUCUCCUGCUACGAGAACUAAAAUGGGUGUUGAAGUUCACACUGUUGUACUUGAUCCUUUAAAAGACAAAUGUUUUGGAAAUGAAUUUAGCCGAUUUAUGUUACAGUAUCUAGACUAUCACGAUUUUUUAUUAGGAUCUCUAAGACAUUUAGUUGAAAAAGAUUCUGCAAAAGGUUACGUGAGGAAUGUUGUUACUGGUGCCCAUUAUCGUUUUAUAGACUAUAAUGUUUCUUGGGCUUCAUAUUUAAAUUCAUUAGUUGUUAUGAUAGUUUGUACUUUAGCUGUUUCUAUGCUGUUAAGAUAUUCACAUCAUCAAAUAUUUUUAUUUGUUGUCGAACUAUUUCAUACAUUAGAGUUAAAUGCUAGUCUGAAUUUUCCUAUCACACAAAUAUUUACAGUGGUGUUAGCUUUAGUAGGCAUGGAGGCUAUAAUGUCCGAGUAUUUUAAUGAUGCAAAUUCUGCAUUUUACAUUAUAAUUCUUAUAUGGAUUGCUGAUCAGUAUGAUACUAUUUGUUGCCGCACUUCAGUUUCUAAAAGGCACUGGUUAAGGUUCUUCUAUUUGUAUCAUUAUGCCUUUUAUGCUUAUCAUGACAGAUUUAAUGGGCAAUAUAGCUCCUUAGCAUUUAUAACAUCAUGCUUAUUUAUUCAGCAUUCCAUGAUUUACUUUUUCCACCGAUAUGAGCUUCCAGCAGUUAUGUUAGCAUACGAACAAGAGAUGGACUAUGAUUCUGAUGGUUCAUAUCAUUCUGAAAAUUAUGUUAUGAGGCCACAUGAUGAAAGUCACCAACGUCCCGCUGUACAGCAUCAAGAACAAUCUGUUGCCAAUGUGCAAUCUUCUACACCAGCAGCUGUUCCAGACGAUUCUGCCUCCCCCUCUUCUAACAGAAAUAGUGGCUCUAAUUCUGUGUCUGCCAAUAGAAACAGACGAAGAGGUGGUAGCAAGCAUCAACGGCAUCCCCCUACUGUGGAUAGAAGUCCUCAAGUCUCUUAAUUAUAAGCAUUUUGCUGGAAAUUCUUGAUUACUAUCUUUUGCUUGAAAGACUAUUUGAAGUAUUCUUUGAGCAAAAUAUUUCCUCCUCAUCGUCUCCUUCUGUUUUAUAAAGUGCUCUUAAGUACCUUCAGAAGUGAUGAGUUCUUUGAGAAAUUAGAGAGGGGUGUACUUAAAUGUCACGGCUGAAAUUGUUUUUCGUUCUGCUAAGAACCCACAAUGCAUCAACAUUCAUAAAUUUGAUUUCAACUUAUUUUCUGCUGACAGCUAACUAUCUGUAAAUGUAUGUCAGAUAAUUUAGGUCUUUGUCAGGUCUUUGAUUACUUGGACUUUGAUGGUUUCCUGUUUUUUCUUUUUGACUGAUAAAUUUAAACAGAUAAUUUAUAACCUUUUAAGUUGUAAUUGAAUUUAGAACUAAUUUCAAAAAAUAAUAAUGAUGCUACGUUUGAAGACGUUUAUGGUAAAAUAAUUAUGAUGCCAUUGUUGGGGCUUUUAUCAAAGCAUAUGAAAUGAGUCAUGUUGAACUUUUUGCAGUAUUAUGUGGGAAUAAUUUAUACUAACUAUAUGUUUAAAAUGGCCAUAUACAAAUAGUGGAUCGGUGUCUAGAAAGUUGUCAUUGCUGCAGAAACCGUUUUAAGUUUUUGUAACAGGAAUCUACAAAACAUUAACGUACAGUCAUAAAUGUGAUUUUAAGCAAUUCGUGUUGAUAGCAGAAUACCUUUUAAGCUUUUUUCAGAUAUUCAUUCAAUAUCUGUGACUACUUAGGCUCUUUUAUGGUUUCUCUAAGAAAAAAUAAGUAAAAAUUGACAGAUAAAUUAAAACAGAUUAAAUUGUAUUUUCGUCGAAAUUGCGUUUAAAUUUUUUUUUCAAAAGUUAAUAAUGAUACCACUCUAGCUUAAGUUUAUGGUAUCAUAAUUAUGAUGCCAUAGGUGGGAUUAUUUAUAUAAAUCUAUGAAAUGAGUCAUUGCCCAUACUUUUUUAGUACUAUGUGGAGAUAAUUAUACUAACCAACAUUUAUUAAAAUAAUUUCAUACAAACAGUUGGUGGAAGGUUGUCAUCUCUGAAAAAUUUCACGUAUCAUAUUCUUUGUGUGUUUAAUUUUUUAAAAUUUAUUUACACUAGACUUCGAUAUGGAUCUUUUUUAUUAAGAUUUAAUAGUGUUUUUGCUAGAGUAAAGUAGUUGUAAUAUCAGUGCACAUGCGUCAUUUAUUCUUAUUUGUGAAUUUUAAUCAAGAAUUCACGUUCCUUUUUAUUAGAUUUUAAUUUUGAUUGACUCAUUCUAGAAGAAUAGAAUUAGUUUAUAGGCUUUUAUAGGCAAAUGACACCAUUCAACUUUGAAUUUGUUUUUAGGAAAGGUACCUAAAAACAUUUACAUUUGUUACUCCGCAUGAAAUUGUAGAGUACAUUUAUUAGAUGUUUUCUGUUUCGAGGUAUGAGCAACGAUAUCGAUAAAUGUUAUCCAAGUGUUGAUGUAAAUUUACGUAUUCAUGAAAUAUCUUUAUAAUAUAUGAAUGGUGUGAUAUAGUUGUGAUGAUGCUCAAGUUAGUGUCGUCGAUUAAUUUAUGCAUGCGUUUUAAAUUGUGAUGUUUAUUUAUUAUUUAAUGUGUAUAACUGACUAGAGAGUUGUUUUUUUCAAAAUCAAAGACUGUUAUGUUUUGAGUUGAAACAAUUGUUUGCUUUAAUUCUAUUAUUUUCAAAUCAAUAAUUAUGUGUUUAAAUUAAUGAUGACUUUGUUUUACAGGAAUAUUUUGUAUAAAUUUAGAUUCUCUAUUGUUUUUUUAGUACAUGUUUAUGUGUUUAUGAUACAAUUUAAGUUAUAAA